AUGUCUUUUCAUACACCCCUUUUUUUCCAUAUAUCAUUUUACCCCUCUUUUCUCUUCCCUUCCCUUCCCUUCCCUUCCCUUCCCUUCCCUUUGUACAUGAAUUCUAAUUUAAAGUCAGAGUUAAUCCUACACACAGCGAAUGGGUUUAUUUACAACAACAAAAGGAACCAAAAAAAUAACAGGCAAUGUUCCUUCCCUACAUUCACGUCAACAUUUCCAUCAACCCAAUUUCAUUAGUAGUUAUCUGCUAGAGUACUCCGUUCCGUUCCCUUCUCCGCUCUGAAAUUGCACGCUACUUCUACCCCUACUACACCUGCUUCUCUUACUCUUACAUAGCAAGUUCCUAGCUUUAAACCUAUGUAUGUUCUCCUGACCUGAACAUAUAUAAACCUCGACUUACAAUUCGUGAAUAUUAAAAGAAAAAGAGGGGUUCGAUAGGGUGUUGGAAGUUUUAGGUAAGUUAGGUUUAUAUAUAUAUAUAUAUAUAUAUAGAUCAGUAUGUGUGUGUGCGUGUGU